GUUUCCAUCUGAGUAUAUAUACUCAGCCGACUCCAUGUAAGUGAAGAAAGAGAUUUCGUCCCAUUCAGAAUUUAGUUAGUUCAAAAUUUCGAGUUUAUCUGACCUUAAAUUAGUUCCGCUUUGCUUUAAUUUAUUUUCCUCUGCACUGUCCACCUCUCUUCCCAUUCCUCUCAAGCUCCUAAAACCAGACCACUUUGGUCGAAUUAUUUAUAACCAGGAGCUUAGUAAUGGCUAAUCGAAACCGCCGCUCACUCAGGCUCACUGUGCUGGGCUCAAUAGCUCUGCUCUUGCUAAUUGUUGGGCCUGAAUUGAUGGGCUCCUCUCGACUGCCGACCACUCUAGUCGCCCCAGCCCAGUCGGGCGUGUGCGCCUCUGUCGUUUCACCGUACGGUUACGAAUGCCAGGAGUACGAGGCGACGACUAAAGAUGGGUACAUUUUGAGCGUCCAACGGAUUCCGGCAGGCCGAGACGGAAAAAGUGGCGACGGCGGUGGCGGGCCGGUCUUGUUACAACACGGCGUUCUUGUGGAUGGUACAACAUGGCUAUUGAACGGACCACAACAAUCACUUGCAUUUAUCUUGGCAGAUGCUGGGUUUGAUGUGUGGAUUUCUAACUUGAGGGGAACCACACACAGUCGUAGACAUGUUACCCUUUAUGCUAAUAGUGACCGAAAGUAUUGGGAGUGGACGUGGGAUGAUUUGGUGGAACAAGACUUGCCUACUAUUGUAAAUCUCGUGUUUGAUACAACUGGUCAAAAAGUUCAUUAUAUAGGGCAUUCAAUGGGGACGUUAAUAGCCUUAGCAUCCUUGUCGGAAGGGAAGAUGGUAGACAUGGUCAAGUCCGCAACCUUGCUAAGCCCAAUUGCCUACUUAAGUCAUAUGGCCACUGCAAUUGCUUUUUUUGCUGCCAACUCUUUCAUCGGUGAGAUCAUUGGAGCCUUUGGUUUUGCUGAGUUUAAUCCUAAGGACAAGUUUGUGACCGAAAUUCUGAGGGCUAAGUGCUUUCGAGCACCAGAUGGGAUAAACUGCAAUGACUUGAUGACUAUAUUUACAGGAAAAAAUUGCUGUCUAAAUAACUCUAAUUUUGAGCUCUUCUUGGAAUAUGAACCACAACCAACAUCGACUAAGAACCUUGUGCAUAUGGCCCAGACUGUUCGCAGUAGAAUCCUAGCGAAAUACGACUAUGCGCUGAAGAAUAAUGAACACUAUGGACAACCUCGACCUCCCAUAUACAACCUCACCAACAUUCCUCUUGACAUCCCCAUCUUCAUAAGCUAUGGAGGUCAAGAUGCUUUAUCAGACGUUAAAGAUGUGCAAAAUCUACUCGAUUAUCUCAAGUCCCAUAAUAAUUUUAAAAUGCAUGUUCUGUACAUCAAGGAAUAUGCUCAUGCUGACUUUAUUAUGGGGAUAACUGCAAAGGACUUGGUGUAUAACAAAAUCGUUGACUUCUUCACAAACUUAGAUUGAGUUUUUUGGACUUUAGUUGCAAAGAAGUGAAAAAGUGGUUGUGUAAUUAUAUUGUGCAAUCUAAGUGGUCGUACUUUAUAUAUCAGUUUUACAAGUUUGUUAACUGCUGUGCAACUCUUGAUGUUUAUUUGCUUUGUGUUUUCUCUUGUUCAUCUUUUUUCCGGAUCACUUCUAUGCUGGCCAAUUUACCAAAUUGAUAAAACUAAAAAGUGCGUUUGAAAAUUUGAUAAAAAUAAAAGCUCCAAUGAGAUACACUACUAGAAAACAGGUCUAUUGUGACAUUAAAUAAGUGUCAUAGAAAGUUUUACUCACACUAGAAAAGUGUCAUAGAAGGUCGGGAAUUUUGAUACUAAAUUUAGUGUCGUCGGUAAAAUGUCACUAAUUUGAGACACUGAUGUAUCAUAACAUUUUAUGAUAACAUAACAUCACUUUACAUUUUGACACGUUAGUAUCAAUUAAAUUUAUGAUACAUUGGUAUCACAUAAUGUUGAUUAUAUAUAAAUGUUAUAUAUAUAGGGUGCGGUUCUAGUGAGAACGAUGCUUAACGUAAGAACAAAUCCUAACCAAUCAUCUUAUUAAAUGACCGGCUAUUACGUAAUU